AGGAUUUGAAAAUGAAGAAUGGUUCGUCCCGAGAAGGCACGAGAAGCGCUGCAAUGCAAACUCGACGACAUUUAGAAAGAGCCCUAAGUGAAAAAGUGACUUAGCAGGGCAUAUUUUAGUUAAUGGUUUAAGAGUAAGCGCCUUAAUAGCUGAACGGUUGUAAAAGAUUAGAAGAUGGCGAGGAUCUGAGAUGCUGGCGUUGAGAUCACGCACCAAAACAAAGCAAAAACCUACGACAAUAAACGCUUAUCUCGUUUUAUGCUAAAAUGUAGCUCCUGGUUUUUCAUGUUUCAGUGAAAAGAUAUAUAGUAAAAUAUUGCACGUGAUACUGAAUAGGAUAAAUAUAGGCUACUAUUUGGUUAUUUUACGUCUCUUUGUUGCUGAAUGUAUAGCUCAACAAGAACACAACUGCUUUACUAAUGUCUGUAAAUUAGUAAUUACUACCACAUUUUCUGGCAAACACAAAACUCGUGAUUAAAAAAUAAUUAUCUGCUUUGUAGAUCUGUAUUGAAAAGGCAAGGUUAAAGGACAUUUCAAAGAUGUUUAAGUAAAAUACAUGUUUUGCCAUACCUGUUUUUCUGUUUAUACAGCUAUUACACCAUCAGAAGCUAAACUAACCGGACACCGGGUUAACAGGUUAUAGAGAAGAACAAAGUAAAAUCCAUCGAGGAGUUUGCAGGGUAUUUUCUCAACUAAGGGAGAGUCGGAUGCUUGCAACACUUUUUUGCGUUUCACAGUUUUUGCAUUAGUAAACCAGAAUUUUAACACAAUAAAGCCACAUGUGUCGGCUACUCACCCACAUCACUGUAACGUGCAUAUACGAUUAUGUACAUAUUAUACAUGUUAUGCUUAAAUUGACAAAGUCAAAUGUUGCAACAACAGGAGACCACUGCAACGGUCCACAGGGACAGCUCUAACAGUUCUAAUAUUUGUGCAUAGACGCGGUCUUUAAUAAGUUAAAUCGGCUGUAUAAAACAAAGAAUAAUACAUAAGAAAAAACAUCAAGAAGUUACAACGUUGUCUUGGUUGAUUAUUACAAUACAUUUGAAGUGCAAAAUAUUAACGUAAUCCGAAUCUAAAUUUAAUGAUAGUCUACUUCUGUUAACGUCUAUGCAAAGGUUACUGAGCUAAGGCCAGUUGCAUGGACAUAAUCACUAACUUAAGACUGUCUUAAGAACUAGUCCGACCAACUAGCAGUGUAUCAAUGUUAUGGUAAGGGACAGCAUGUUUGCAACAACAUGUUGCAGCUGUCCUUGACAGCUGUGAUAAAACUUGGUAUAAUAGCUUGGCACAAUAUCUUUGACACGUGCUAUGCUUAUUAGAAGCUAAGAAAACACCGAUAUAAAUCAGGUUUUAACAAUACUUUACGCACACAAUCUGAUCAUUAAAAGUACUUUUUUUAUACCGUGAAAGUAAUUUUUUUGUAAAAGGAAUGGUCACGCGGGCAUCCCGCUUCUCCCCUACAGACCACGCAGUAUUUGGUAAGGCAGUGGGCUCUGAGGAUUAGUUUUUACUUUUUUGCAGCCAUAACUUAAACAUUGCACAAGCACAUAAUGAGAAAACUGAAAAUGAAUGAAAACUGCAAAAAUGACCCUAGCCUGUAGUAAAGACAUCUUAAAUAACGUCAUCUCUGCAUAAAUAAUGACAUGAGCGAUUUCAUAUUCGUAACGUGUCAUGUCGUGAUUAUGAAGGUAUAAUUAAAAUAAUACAUGACAAACAGACCCUGUGAUCUGGGCUAAAUUUAGAGGAUACUGCAGUGAUGGAAUCGCCUCUGAUCAGAAAAAUAUUGUUUUUUAAAACCAAUUUGGCAACAUUCAGGUUUUCUUGAAGAAAUGGAGGAGUUCAACCAAUUUAAUUGGACAGCUCCAGCAGGGUACACAACCCUUUCACCCUCCCGUUUAAGAAAUUCUUCUUUUUUGCGUUACAUAAGUCUUCUGUGUUUACUGAGGUCUUGCUUCUAAUUAACAGCACUGUCUGAUUACAGCUGAACGCAGAAAGCUGAAGACAAUUGCGAUAGCAUUCAAUUUUGCUCUCUCUUCUCUAAAACACAGAUCAAGUUUUACAAGAAAAUACUAUUUCAGUCUUUCUACUUCAAAUCUGUUAAAACGUAUUGAUCAGAGGCUAUAGCCUAAACCCGUUUGUGUUGAAGUCGGCGGUCGAAUUUAAUCUUCACAGAAUCUUAGAAUGAGUGUCAUAUGUGUUUCAUGACCAUGAAAGCAUUUAUUUGGUGCCAAAAUGAGAAACUAAACACAUUUUGUAGGCUAAUUAAUCACCAAGUGGCAUUUAAAUAACCAUUGUUGUAAACGUUAGCAUAUCAGUUUAGUUUUUUCAUGCACAUACAUAACUGCCACCUGAAAUCCUCAGCGCCCACAGACACCAAGCUGCUCAAUAAAAAAGCGUAAUCAAUUUGCAGCAAUUUCAGGGUCGCAUAGUUUACGCAUGCGCAAAAGCGUUCCCUCCCCCCACAACAUAACGUGCUGCUGUCGGUCCGGGGUUUUUUUUGGAGCAGUUUGGCAUCAGGAGCGUUGCGGUGCGUUUGGAGACGGCGAAGGCCAGAGGUUCUUUGCUCUUCAUCAGGGCAUCAGCCCACCGAGAUCAGCCUCAUCGGACCAGGUCGCAUCACACCUCGUUUCAAGCAUGUCUAAAAAAAGCGAAAAACCAGCGGAGGGCAAAGAGCCCGAGAGCAGCUGGAAAGAUGUGAUCUACAACCCAAGAACUGGAGAAUUCUUCGGUCGGACCGCGAGGAAUUGGGGUCUCAUCCUCCUCUUUUACUUGGUCUUCUAUGGCUUCUUGACCGCCAUGUUCGUCUUCACUAUGUGGGCGAUGCUUCAGACGCUGAAUGACGAUGCACCAAAAUAUCGAGAUCGUGUUGCAUCCCCAGGGUUGGCUAUCAGGCCGAACUCUUUGAAUAUAGUUUUUAACAGAUCAGAACCUCUCGAAUACGGCCAGUAUGUCCAGCAUCUAGAAUCGUUUCUGCAUCAGUAUAAUGACUCGGAGCAAGCCAAAAAUGACUUGUGUAUGGCGGGUCAGUACUCUGAGCAGGAUGAGGAACCUCAGAAGAAGGUGUGCCAGUUCAGGAGGAGUUUACUCCAGCGUUGCUCAGGGAUAGAAGACACCACUUUUGGGUAUGCUAAAGGAGAGCCGUGUGUUAUUGUCAAGAUGAAUAGGAUCAUCGGUCUUAAGCCAGCUGGAGAUCCAUACAUCAACUGCACAUCAAAGAGUGGGAAACCUCUCCAGAUGCAGUAUUUUCCCCAGGAGGGGACUAUUGAUAGGAUGUACUUUCCUUACUAUGGGAAAAAAACACAUGAGAGCUACGUUCAGCCUCUGGUUGCUGUAAAGCUGUUGCUCAAGAAGGAAGACUACAACGCUGAUCUGAUUUUAGAGUGCAAGGUAGAGGGCUCCAACCUCAAGAACAACGACGAGCGUGACAAGUUUCUCGGUCGCGUCACCUUCCGGGUCCUGGUGACCGAAUAGAGCAGCUGCUGGUGCGGACGCUAAAGGGAAACUUGCACUACUCUUCUCCCCGUUGUCCUCUCCCCCUUUUAAACCCCCGCCGUACGUCCUGCGGCUCCUCAGCAGGUCUCAAGGACCUCAUUUAACUCUCCACAGACAGGCAUGACCGAUUGAUUUCUGUUAAUGAAUCCCACUCGCCAUGUUUUCACAGGAUCCCUGUUUAGUCUUCCGUCUAGCACCGCCUCCUGCUGAAGACGCGAGCGUCUCCGAACAUUUAAUUGUAUUUUAACCCUGGGCCCUCGCGUUCCCUAGAUGUUUGGAAUUCUUUAACGUCAUUACUUCGUACCCUUAAAGGGAUUUUGUUUACAUUGUGAUUGAUGAGACGGGUUAGUCGCUAUCUUAAUCCUUAGUUGGUGUUUUUGUGUUUGUGUUGCUCUGUGUGGAUAUAUUUAAUGAUCGUAUUGUCAUAUUGAUAUAAGAUUUAUGGUUAAAAAAAGAAAAGAAAAAAAAAGUGGCAUUAUUUGACACGUUUUUGAAAUAUGAAAUACGUAAAGAGCCAAAUUUGUAACCUAAAUGAUUCUCGCAACCUCUGCGUGGAUCCUCGUUCAUGCAGAAGCCUUAAGAGCCAUUUAACAUCUUGGUACAAAUGCUAUUUUGACAAAUAAAGAGAAAACAAGCAAGUGGUGGUUGUAGAUUUGUCUGUAAUAUCCCGAACGUACCACACGGCGGCGAUAGGAUAUAAUGUUAUCUAGCAGCAACUUUUUUUUUUAUACUAGGAACUUAAAAAUGAUAACGGCUGUGCUAAGUAGCAUUUUUUUUGUAUUUACAACUCUCUUUCUAUACUGAAUCAUGUUUUCGGUGCCACGUGUCGUAUUCGUUUACCUGUUACAUGUCACAGUGCUCAACCAAACGUAGCGCUGUCCGUUCCUGCCAACAGCUAUCAAUAAAUCAGCAGUUUGCGUCAGCUGAUUAGUUGACCACAUUUAGUUACAGACACGGGAAUCUGCUUCGGUCUGUACAUAGACGGUCUUUCGCGCUGGACAGUGUUUCAGGUAAUCGAUGCAGUCAUCUAUCACAAUCAUUUUUGAAAGAGCAUUAUUAUUAUUAUUACUACUGCUUAAUUUAUCAAAGUUAGUUUAUUCUAUUGACAGUCCCUGUUUUCAACCAUAAUAAAAAACUGAUCUGGUUUGUAUGUUCUAAGGUUUAUACAGGGGAAAAAACUGCCAAGUAAUUUCCAGAUGAUAUAAUUAUUUGCUUUGGUCUGUGACAAUAUAAAUGAUAAUAUAAAAAUUAGUGCUGUCAAACGAUUAAUUGCAUCCAAAAUAAAAGUUUUUUGUUUACUCAA